GAAGGUUCUGGACACCGGAGCAUCGCGGUGGCGGAGCCCGGCGGACUGCUCGGUGGCUCCCAGGGCCCGGGUGCGGGCCCCGGGCAGGCUGCGGGAGCGGCGGCGCGGCCCGGGGCUCUGGCUGGAGCCGUUCCCUGCCGCUUCUUCCAUGGCGGGCGCUGCUCCUCCCAGCCCUGCACCUGAUUAGGGAUGGAGCGAGGGUUUAAUCCUCACCGGCUUCCCCUUCCUCUCGCCUGGCCCCUCUGCUCUCUCAUCCUUCCCCCCCAGCCGUUCCUGCUCUCUCUCCAUGUUAUUCCUUCCCCCCUUCCCUCGCCGCCCCUUCUUUGCCUCCGCAGUCCCCUGUGCCGGGCCGCGGGGCGAUGGGGACCUGUCCCCGCACCCGUGUGUCCUUCUCCCACCUGGCAGCCUCUUGCUCAAGGUCACUGCAGUAAUUCCAUAUGAGCUGCCGGUGCUGCCGCCUUAUCUCUCGCACAGCUUCUGUUUCACUCCCUUUAUAUUCCGGGGGGGGCGAAAGGGGGGGGGAAAUACUGUGUUCAAUGAACCCCACUGCCUCUAACACUGCCGGCAACAUUUCAGCCGGGGCCAAGCUCCUGUCACCCCUGCCCCAGCCCCUGCUUCCCAUCUCUUCCCCAGCAGACUUCCCAGGUUGUUUCGUGGUGGGCAAAGUCCAGCUGGGAUCAGGUCUCUGGCUGGGACACAAGCAGUGCCGGAGCCCAUCCUGCUGGACCUGGGGUUUGUCCUGCCAGGAGACCUGUUGGAGCCAGUAGGGACCGUCCUGCCCCAGAGGAGGAUUACCAGGGUUUGCCGAGCUGGUGACACCUUUGGAAAAGGCUACUUUAUCUCCUGCCUGGGUGGUGGUGGGAAAGCAGAGCGCGGAGCCAAGUCCUGGAGGACUUUGCUGUGUCGCUGCCCUUGUCCCGAAGGCGUUUCUGUGCCAGGCGGGCGAUGGCACCGCCGUCCGCACCGCGGGCUCUCCCGGCGGGAUGCAAAGGCCGCGCCGACGGGCUGCAUUGCGAAAGGGGAUCGAUACAGGGAAGCGUCUGCAGGGAAACCUCGGCGGUGCCAGGCUCCUCUCUGACUCACGGGGACGUCGCGGCGGAGCCGUAGGGCGCCCAGCCUCCUGCCCGCCGGAGCGGGAGGUGCCGGACCGGUCACACGGGUUGUGCGGGAGCGUGGCGGGCGCUGUGCGUGGCUCAUGGGCACAUCGGCUCUGCUCCGGUGGGAAGGAGUGGGUGUUCUGAGCUGGGAGAGGGCUGGACGUGGCUCGGCUGUUGCGGUCCAGGAGGUACUGACAUGUGAGGCACUGGUGAGGCCGUGGCUGUGAGCACCCGUCUCUUCUCCACCACUCCUGCCCGCCGCCGGCGGGGCCCCGGCGCUGCGCAGCCAUGACGACCUCGGCGCUGCGCCGGCAGGUGAAAAACAUCGUGCACAACUACUCGGAGGCGGAGAUCAAGGUGCGGGAGGCCACCUCCAAUGAUCCCUGGGGACCCCCCAGCUCCCUGAUGUCAGAGAUAGCUGACCUGACCUUCAACACGGUGGCCUUCGCUGAGGUCAUGGGCAUGAUCUGGCGGCGGCUGAACGACAGCGGCAAGAACUGGCGUCACGUCUACAAAGCCCUCACCCUCCUGGACUACCUCAUCAAAACCGGCUCCGAGAAGGUGACCCACCAGUGCCGGGAGAACCUCUACACCAUCCAGACACUGAAAGACUUCCAGUACGUGGACCGUGACGGCAAGGACCAGGGCAUUAACAUCCGAGAGAAGGUGAAGCAGGUGAUGGCGCUGCUGAAGGACGAGGAGCGGCUGAAGCAGGAGCGGGCGCACGCGCUGCAGACCAAGGAGCGCAUGGCCCUCGAGGGCAUGGGCAGUGGUAGCCACCAGGUGACCUAUGGCCGCCGUGCGUCACCCUACGGUGAAGACUACAGCCGGGCACGGGGCUCACCCUCCUCCUUUAACUCAUCAUCCUCAUCCCCACGGUUUGCCUCUGACCUGGAGCAAGCAAGGCCCCAGACAACGGGUGAGGAGGAGCUGCAGCUGCAGCUUGCACUGGCCAUGAGUCGGGAGGAGGCAGAGAAGAAGCCACUUCCUCCAAUUUCCAGUAGAGACGAAGAAAGGCAAUUGCAGCUAGCGCUCGCGCUGAGCAAAGAGGAGCAUGAGAAGGAGGUGAGGACUUGGCAAGGAGAGAACUCCCUGCUGCAGAGAGCUGUGGAGGAGAGUGCCCAGGGUGGGGAGGAAGAGGAGGAAGAAGAAAAGAUGAAGAAAAGCCAGUCCUCUAUCCUGGAACUGGCAGAUAUAUUUGGGCCAGCACCAGCCCCGUCCAGCCACACGUCUGCUGACCCGUGGGAUAUGCCAGAUAUGAAGCCCAAAGCAGAGCCAGCAGCCUCUGCCUGGACUGGGGCAGCUGACCCCUGGGUGCCGGUCCCUGCUGCCAGUGGGGAGCCCCUCUCCCAGGCAAGCACCUCUUCCCAGCAAAACUCCGCCGGGCCCUGGGAUUUUCCCCCUGGCACCACCACUGCUGCUGCCUCCGACCCUUGGGGGAAGGCGCCCUUGUCUUCUGGCUUCCCUCCUGCAGACCCCUGGGCAACAGCAUCCCCCCCAGCCCAGCCCUCUAGUUCUACACCAGCUGCUGAUCCUUGGGCUGCUGUGGCAGAACAACCUCCCCACCCUGCUCCAGGGGGAGAUGCUUUCGACCCGUUUGCAAAGCCACCUGGGUCAGCCGAGCCGCCGGAGCAGGAGCCCUCGCAGCCACCCUCCUCUGCCAGGUCCAACAGCCCCGUUGAGAUGGACCCCUUUAGUGACCUGUUCCCCAGCACCAAGCAGGAUGGGGCAAAGAACUUUGACCUCACCAACCUGGCUGACUCCCUCCCUGAAUCCGGCAAGGAGCGGAAGGACUGUAAAACCCCUGAGGCCUUCCUCGGCCCUGCUGCCUCUUCCCUGGUCAACCUGGACUCCCUGGUCGCACCUGCACCAGCCUCCAAGACACGCAAUCCCUUUCUCUCGGGUCUGAGCACGCCGUCCCCCACCAACCCUUUCAGCCUCGCUGAGCAGCCCAAGCCAACGCUGAACCAGAUGCGGACCAGCUCGCCGGUGCCCGGCCUGCCCGCUGGCCUCCCCGCCAACUCCAUGACCUACAGCGCGUCCCUGCCGCUGCCCCUCAGCAGCGUCCCCACCGCCACCACCGCCCUCCCGGUCUCCGCCAGUGCCUUCCCCCAGGCCGGCACCUUCCCCGAACUCCCCAGCACCUUGCCGCAGCCCUUACUGCCGAUGAGCGGCCCCCCGGCCCCACCGUCUGCUUCAGGGGGGCUCAACCCCUUCCUUUGAAGUCUCUGGACGUGUAGACAGACUCUCGCCCCUUUCCCAGCUGUUACAGACCCCCCCCAUCCCGGCCUCUUCUCCCGCCAAGAACUUGGGGGGCCAGCAGUUCGCUAAGCCAGGGAGGAUGCCCCCCACCCCGUUCCAGCCCCCUCCCCGUGCCCACCGGCUGGAGGGGGGGGGCAGCCAGCGUAAAGCCCCCGACGGGCAAGAGGAGACCAAGCCCCUGCGGAGCCAGAGCCGCUGCCGAGGGCGGUGUACGGGCUCCCCCCGAAGGACUCUGGUUUGAGGACUCCUGGGCUGGACUCUCGCUGCUUGAUGGUUCCCCGAGGGCAGGGGGGACUUUGUGGGGAGCUGGGGCCGGGGGGGGGGGGGAGCUGGGGCCCCCCCCACGUCCUGUGCUUCCCUCCUUGAGCUGGGGUCCCCGGCUGGAUCGCGCUCCCCUGGCUGCUGUCCCCUGCCUCGCCCGCCAGCCCGUCGCCCCCGUCCCGUUCGCUGCCUCCCUCGGUGUCCCCCCCACGAGGAGCCGCGGGCCGGGCCCCCCCCCCGGGGGCAGCCGCCUCCUCGCCCGCUGCUGGGCCCCGCUGCGGACCGAGGCUGGGGUGGCGGGGAGGGCUGCCUGAGACAAUAAACUGCUCCGACCGA